UUCGUCCUGUCCAUUUCUUUGAGUGUUGAUGAUUAUCUGGCAUCGUGUCCAUGCAAUAAUAGCUCUAGAGCUGUGCUAAGAUAUCUCUAGUGACAAUGUCGAGUAUAUUCCUGUUGUUGCUGUGUCUACACGCCUUAGAGUGUAAUGUAGCAGCAUUUAGCCAAGAAGUGUCAGUUAGCUUAAUGUCAGAGACUUUUAGCAGCAGACACAGGGCCAGAAGAGAUGCCACUCCCUCCCCAGUUAUGCCUGAUGAGAUCAUUUUUCAGAUGACACUGCAGGGCAAAUCUGUUGUCCUGAGACUGACUAAGUCAAACUUGUUGCCCGUGGUUACAGACGAUGUUGAGACAACUCUGCAAGCCAACAAAGUUCCUGAGGACUCGGCUGUCUACACAGAUGCUGCCCACGGGUCAACGUUCAUAGUUCAUAGAAACAAUGGAAGUUACAGUUUGAAAGGAACUUUCUCCGAGUCUGAUGCUUCUUGGAGCCUCGAACCACUGCAGCAGGAGGCAGCUAGUAAAAGGUCACAAAAGCAUCAAGCGAUCCGCCGCCUUGACUCUUCUACUAUACAGUACGGCAGUGACGCCAUCCUCGACAAGAAAGAAAGACCUGAACUGAUCUUCUCCAAGAAAUUGUAUCGACAUCCGGGUCACAGACAGAGGCGUGCCGCCAAUAGACAUGUCAUUGAAGUAGCUUUCAUUGUGGACUAUGUAGAUUACCAAAAGUUUGUUGCACUGUAUGGACAGACUGACGCUUUGAUCAGAAUGAGACUUUGGUACACAUCUGUUGCUGACGCUCUCAAAGCUAUGUACGAGUCUAUCACUGACCCAGAUAUCUCAAUUACCACUUCAGUAACCAUUCUCAAAAUAUUGACGACUACUGCAGCUGAUGCCUUCAUUGCCAACAUCACCACCAAUGGUCAGUUUAUCGCCGGUUCCGGCCUCGAUGCUCUAGUCCCCUGGGUUCAGCUUCAAGCGGACCUCCCUCUGAGUGACCACUACAUGCUGUUUACAGGGAGAGACAGCAGUGUGCCAGGGGUCGCCUUUGUUGCUGCAGCCUGCACAUCUCUAGGUGUUUCUGUAAUCAAGAACGAAUUUAGUGGAAUGACAGCUCAGAUUGCCGCUCAUGAGCUGGGUCACAGCAUCUCAGCAGCUCAUGAUUCUCUGACAGAAGGUCUUUGUGACGACGCUGACCAGUACAUCAUGACAGACCGGACAGCUAUUGGUGUGCAACCAGGCAACGAAGGAAAGCCUUGGAAGUUCUCAAACUGUUCUAUUAGUAAAUUCAAGUCCUACCUGGCAUCAAAGAACUGCACGCGCCCUGAGUACACUUCCAAUGUUGAUAUGCUGCCUGCACCUAUAGUUGGCCAAAGAGCAGGGGAAGUUCUUAGUAAAGAUGACCAAUGUCGACUCGCCCUGAACUAUCCUCGAAGUUCCUAUUAUGCAGGAUCAGCCGAGGAACAAGCCAGACUGUGCAGUGCCAUGUGGUGCUUCUCACCUCUAGGCGAAUAUAUCAUCACUUUAGUGAGGCCAUUGGCGUAUACUUCAUGUGGGACCAACAUGAUUUGUUUGCAGGGCUUCUGCGUACCAGUUCAGCAAGUUACUACACCAGUGUCAAUAACAACUACAACACCAACCACUACUAAACCUACGACAUCAACUACCACUAAACCUACAACAACAUCAACUACCACUAAACCUACAACAACAUCAACUACUACUAAACAAACAUCAACAUCAACUACCACUAAACCUACAACAACAUCAACUACCACUAAACCUACAACAACAUCAACUACCACUAAACCUACAACAACAUCAACUACCACUAAACCUACAACAACAUCAACUACCACUAAACCUACAACAACAUCAACUACCACUAAACCUACAACAACAUCAACUACCACUAAACAAACAUCAACUACUAUUAAACCAUCCACGAAACUACCUUGAUCCAAAACUGCAGUGGUGGAACUCGUCUAUCACAGUGAUUACUGUAUAUUUAGCAGCAUCUAACCUAGAAGUAUAUACAGGAAGGUGUAGUUUACAUCUCUAGAAUUAGUGACAAAUAUGCUACUCUUUAGAGCUCUCUACACAAUUGAAUCUAAAUAUUGUGUUGUUACUGUUUUUGCUUUGUUAAUUCAUUACUGUUUUUACCCCAAGAAAUAUUUUUUUUUUUGUAUCUCAUAUUGGACAAGUGUUCCUUCUUCCAUAGUGCUAUUAGAGCAUGGAAUGGGUUGCCUGAAUCAGCCACCAAAACCAAUCUUUAACAAGAUAAGAUACAAUGACUAAAAUGAUUAAUUAAAAGAUUAUUUUCAAGAGUAAUAUAUUCUUAACGUCAAUGGGCGUCUAUGAUCCCUUUUUUUUUAGAUUAAGAAAUAUAUCUAAACACUUUUUUAAAAAUGUUCAAUACAUAACAAUGUAUAAAAUCUUUUUAAAAAAAAUAAUAGUUUUGGACAUUUUCCUAAUAUGGAGGUUUAUCAAUAAAUGGCAAGUUUUUAUAGCCAUGUAACGUAACAGUGUUAGUCCACUUAUAUUAGCACUGUAAAAUCAAUUUAAAAAUGAAAUCUGUUAAGUAGACUAUAGUGUUAUUUCAAAAUCUUCAAUGGUAAAACAAAUUUUUUUUUUUCA